AUGAUAGUUGUUUCCAUGUCCUCUUUGGGACUUCUGCCGGCUUACAAAGCAACCUUCCCACCCCUCACGGAAGAACUCCUUUGCGUAACUUGGGCUUCCACUGAGUUCCUUUACAACAGUCCCGUAUUUUGUCUGCAGAUCAAGGAUGUAGAAGUCCUCAACUGUGAAUAUGGCAAGAACACAAUUAAGUUCCUUCGCCUUCAUAGAGAAGGGAAGAAGCACUUCGUUAAAGAAGUGGAAGUCUGCACGCAUCUCCGGCUGACUUCUGCUCAGGAGUACCUGGAUGGAAACAACUCUCUUGUGAUACCUACAGACACCAUAAAGAAUAUUGUCCUUGUGUUGGCCAAAAAAAAUGGGAUCUCAACUUUAGAACAAUUUGCUAUAGAUAUCUGCAAACACUUCAUGACAACGUUUUGCCAAGUGGCAUACGUCAAAACCUACGUUCAAGAAGUACCAUGGAAACGUCUACACGAGAACGGCGUUCCCCACAUCCAUGCAUUCAUAUGCGCUCCUGAUGGGAUCCGCUUUUGUGAAGCUGAGCAGUGCCGAAAUGGUCCUCUGGUUGUUUAUGCUGGAAUUAAAGAUCUGAAACUUAUGAAGACAACACAGUCUGGAUUUGAAGGCUUCUAUAAGAAUGAACACACCACGCUUCCUGAAAGGAAUGACAGGAUUUUAUGUGGAGAGCUCUUCUGCAAAUGGUCAUAUGGCGAAUGCAAGGAUUUUGACUUUGACUGCAUAUGGAAUCAAAUCCGUGAAUGUAUCCUUGAAGCCUUUUCUGGGCCACCUGACAGUGGGGAAUAUUCGCCCUCUUACCAGAAAACUGUCAACUGUAUCCAGAUGCAUGUCCUUUCCAAAGUGUCACAGGUACAGGUCAUAGAAGUCGUCUUGAACAACACUUUUUAUAAUGUCGUAGACAUGAAGAAUCUAGGCUUGAUUAACGACAAAGAAGUUCUGGUUCCAGUGGAAACUCCCUAUGGCUCCUGCGCUUGCACGCUUGGCAGGAAGAAGUUCUUAGAAGCACAAAGCCACAUGCUAAAAGAUGAGAGGCAAAGUCAGUUUGGACUGGCAGCUGCCCUGGGAAACUAAACCUCUUGGCUACACUCACACCUUCCUGAUAAACUUAACAGCAUGGCUCUCCUAUCAACGUAUACGCCCUAUUGGCCUCUUAUGUUGCUGACUGCUUUUUCCCCUAUGAACUCCUGAGGUUGGGAUUUCUGAAGGACCCUCAGGAAUUCAGAAAUCAAAGUCUAUCCCUGAACCUCAGUGUGAUUUGCAGAUUGAAAUCCCCUACACUCUUUUGAAAAUCCCAGCUGGAAAUAUUAAUUAAUUUUUAAACCAGCUAUUUCCAGACCUCUUAAUGAAACAAUUAAUUAAUGAAACAAUUAUACGUUGGUAACAUCUUUUUGACACGUAAAAUCAGCAACUCUGUAUAUUCUAUUUACUAAUGUUCCUUCAGUAAAAUGAAUACACAGGCACGAGACCAGAUGUUUCAUUGAUGUAACCUGUCAUGACCCCUUGAUGCCACACUGAUCUACAGAGCUGAGGUUCUGACCCAGUAACUGAGACACCAAUUUCUUUGUAAAGGAAAUGAAAAAAAGGAAAAAAACCCACACACACAAGUAUCUCUCAUAUCUCCUUUGCGGUGUGAAUAGUUACAGUUGUUGACUAAUUUCUCUGCAUGUAUUCUGACUGCAUGGCUGCUGCUGUGACUUAUCAGACUAUACAAUUUCUUUUAUAUUAAUCACUGAAGUGUUUGAGGUUUUGGGCUAUCUCUGUAAGUUUAAUUAAAUAGUUUUCUUUAGGUCUAAUAAUCUCAUCAUGACUUCUGAGCAGGCAGGAGUCAACAUAAGUAAC